AUGCCUUUUGAUCUUACUCAAGUAAUUCGCCCUAAUAUCCUCGCAUUAAAGCCCUAUCGCUGCGCACGUGACGAUUUCAGUGAAGGUGUUUUGUUGGAUGCCAAUGAAAAUGCAUAUGGCCCUGCUUUAAGUACAGAGCAAGCAGGCGACUUGAAUAGAUAUCCCGACCCAUACCAAUCCCAAGUUAAAGAACGUAUUCUCAAGUUGCGUAAUCUUAAGUCUACCAAGAACCUGUUCUUGGGUGUUGGUUCUGACGAAGUUAUUGACUUGUUAAUCCGUAUUGCCUGCGUUCCUGCUAAAGACAAGAUCUUGAUCACUCCUCCUACUUAUGGCAUGUAUUCUGUAUGUGCUCAAAUUAAUGAUGUUGAAGUUGUCAAGUCAGCUUUGAAUGUAGAAAAUGGGGUUUAUCAACUUGACCUGGAUAAUGUUUUUAGUGCUAUCAAAUCGAAUCCCGAAAUCAAGAUUGUGUUUUUAUGUUCUCCCGGUAAUCCUACUGGUACUUGUCUCAGCCAUGCUAGUAUUCGCACAGUUCUUGAAUCAGAUUAUUCAGGCAUUGUAGUAGUAGAUGAAGCUUAUGUUGAUUUUGUUGAUAAAGAAGAAGGUUCUGUUGCUACUUGGGUCGACAAAUACCCCAAUUUGGUAGUAAUGCAAACCCUGAGUAAGAGUUUUGGUUUGGCUGGUAUUCGUGUGGGUAUUGCUGUUGGCCAUUCAGACAUCAUUCAAAUCUUGAACAACACAAAGGCGCCUUACAACAUUGGUACACCCAGUGCCUUAUUGGCUGCGGAAGCACUUUCUGACGAAGGCUUACAAAAGAUGUUUGAAUAUCGUAAACGCUUGAUUAAUCAACGUGGAUUUUUGAUUGAAAAAUUGAAUGCCUUCAAAGACACAGGCCGCAUUUUGGGUGGAAAUGAUGCUAACUUUGUCCUUGUUGAAAUUCUUGACAAGACCACUAGAAAACCUUCUAAUGAGCGUGCUCACAAAGUAUAUUUAAUGAUGGCAGAAUCUCUUGGUGUUGUUGUUCGCUUUAGAGGUACAGAAUAUGGCUGUGAAAGUUGUCUAAGAAUCACCGUUGGUACUGAAGAAGAAAACGAAAAGAUGCUUGCUAUGUUGCAAAAGGCUUUAGAUGCUAACUAG